AAUGUCAAUGUUGUUGUUGUUGUUCUGCCUGGGGUCCCAUGCCCCCCCCCUUUAGAUGUUGUUCUUCUCAUCACCAUCCUCCUCCUCCUCCUUUGCGUCGAUGGCAGAUUUUCAGGGCUUUAUUUAAUACAUCUUCAGAGAAAUGCAAUUAAGAGGAAGGAAGGCUUAACUCCAUGGGAAUGAAUGAAGGAAUGAAUGGAGAGAGAGGUUUAAUGCAUGGCCUCUGAGCAUGGGUAGAGGGCGGGAGACAAUAUUCGGCCACCAUAGGAACCGCCUCCAAAGAAGAAGAGGAACCAGACCAUCUGCAGGGAACAGUGGUGGAUGCUUCCCUACCUUCUGUGGACUCCCGACUGACCACUUGGGCUCCUGCUGCUUCUGCCUCUGGACGGAAGGGAGCACCCCCUUUGUGGUGGCUUCCAUGGAGUGCCCCUCCCCUUCCCCUUCCUGGGGUCCAGAGGGGGAUCCGACCCCCGGGCUGACCUUGGCUCCAGCAGACGUGGAGCAACGGGCGACGCUGGCACUGGUGGUGCUGCUGCUGGCCUUCCUCGCAGGGCUGCUGGUGCGCUGCUCACGCAUCCUGCUGGACCCGUACAGCCAGAUGACCGCUGCUGCCUGGAGCCACCACAAGGAGCGCCUGGACCGGGGGGUCCUGGACCCCAAUCUGGCCUAGGAGCUCCCAUCUGCUCCCCCUUGCUUCUGGGUCCAAGCGCUGAGAAUUGCAGUCCUCAUUAACCGCAACAAAUCUUCCUGAUCACCAAGGGACUUCUGUAUAUGAUUCCAAACCCAGGUCUUCCAGGAAGGCCUUCAAGCCCUUAAGACCCAAAGAAAUUGUGACGUCCAUGGCCCUCUCACUUCUAAGGUUACCUGUCCCCUAUGAACCAGCUUGGGUGUUAAGAUCGUUGGGGGAGGCCCUGCUCUCAGUCCCACCCCCUUCGCAAGUGCGACUGGUGGGGACGAUAGACAGGGCAUUCUCAGUGGUAGCCCCUCGGCUGUGGAGCUCCCUCCCCAGUGAUAUUAGAUUAGCACACUCCCUCCUGGUUUUCGGAAAGAAAGUGAA